CCCCAUUCCAUCCAAGUUCACGCAUCCAUCUAUCUCCUAGCCUAUUCCCAUUCAAGGCCUGCCCUCUCUCCGUGUCUCCUCUUUCUCACCUCCUUGGUGUGCUCCUGAUCCCAUCUCAUUUCAGACUCUCUACCUGCCUCUACCUGGGGACUUCAACUCGCUCGCUCACAUCCCAACUCUGACACCCGCCGAAAAUCUCUCGUUGUUACGGCACCAUCAUCAGGAGUCCAAUCUUAGGAAGGACAUCAAAGAGUCACCAUCCCCAAUCUGACAUCCACCGCUAAAAUCGAACCCUAUUGUCACCGCCCACUCCAGUUGUGACCUUCAUUUUUCUUCUUGAUCCUGUCCACCCCAUCCCUUCCCACUUGGAAUCACAUCUACUUCACACCACAUUCUCUACCAAUUACCUCGGAUCUCCUGUCUAGUCCAACUGAUAUUCAUCCACUGCUUCUUCCCUUUCUUCCUUCGACCAACGCUUCACAUCACUUCUACUCAUCACAACUCGGCGCGUGGCCCACCAGAGUCGGAGUCGCGCACUAUCGCUCUUUCCCGCAACUGCAACCGCGCCAUUCCUCCAUCCCCCCCCCAAAGAUCUUCAAUCGGACGCUUUUUCACCUUCACUUACAUCACCAUCAUUUCCUCCGUUACUUCCUUCAUUUACUGCCGCCUAAAUCCGAUAACUCUUUCCCCGGCUCGUGUUGUUGCCUUGCGCAGUUUUGACGCCCUGCACCCAUUGCCGAUCCUCACUUCUCCCACCCUCCAGACCCGCUUCCUCCACCGCACCCUCGACUUCGACAUUCCCCUUACCCCCGAGCUUUCACGCAGCAACAGUAAUAUCAUCCUCUGCUUCAGGCUCGCGUCUUGAGUGCUCACGUGCGACAACUCCCCUUCAAAGCCAUUCACCCUGACAUACCACUCUCUCGAUCAGCCGCGCAGAAAGACAGCAGGACACCAUGGUUGUAGCAACAAUCAAAUGUGUUGUUGUUGGUGAUGGUGCCGUUGGAAAGACCUGUCUACUUAUCUCCUACACAACAAACAAGUUUCCCUCCGAAUACGUGCCUACUGUCUUCGAUAACUAUGCAGUCACGGUUAUGAUUGGCGAUGAACCCUACACCCUUGGCUUAUUCGAUACUGCCGGACAAGAAGAUUAUGACCGAUUACGACCUCUCUCCUACCCUCAGACCGAUGUUUUCCUCGUCUGUUUCUCAGUAACUUCGCCAGCCUCGUUUGAAAACGUGCGAGAAAAAUGGUUCCCCGAAGUCCACCAUCACUGUCCUGGUGUUCCAUGCCUGAUCGUCGGUACGCAGACAGAUUUGAGAGAUGAACCAUCCGUUCGAGAAAAACUUGCAAAACAGAAAAUGCAACCCGUCCGCAAGGAAGACGGUGAACGCAUGGCGAAAGAACUGGGCGCCGUCAAAUAUGUCGAGUGCAGUGCUUUGACCCAGUACAAACUCAAGGAUGUUUUUGACGAAGCCAUUGUUGCUGCAUUGGAGCCUCCACCGAAGAAGAGCAGUAAAAAGUGCACAAUACUAUGAUGUGGCAGACUCAUGAGACUUGGCUCCUGUGUCCUAGAUACAACACCUGGAUUUGGAGGCUGGCAUGGCUUUUGGACACCAUAUCCAACCACACUUGAUCAUCUUGUGCAAGAUGUGCUCUAUUCAGUCUCAUCGGUCUCACCCAGCAUCUUGAUCCUUGCCAUCAAAUCUAGACAGCUCUGGCUCCGGGGCACGAAUCUUCUUCCUAGAUUGGCGUUUCUUUUUAUGAUUAAGCCUUGAGGUGGGCGGGCAAUGGCAAAUGGCAACGGAGUUGAUAUCCAUGUUGCAAAUGCAAAGUUAGGGGCAUGCGGUUCUGAAACUGAAAGUGGCGUUCUGGGGCGUUAAGUUGUAUCCCAUCCGCCAGCACCGCCUGCCAGCCACUAGUCAUUGCGUUCAAGUUGAAAUGCAUUCUUGCAGUGUGCCACAUCUAUUUACACCAUUCCAAACACCAGAGUACGCACCCAAGAGGGUUGCGCAAUUCAGCCAUUCAGCCAUUUACUCAUGCUUUGCAGAGCCAUGUUAUGCGGUCCGAAUUGAGCACCUGAGCUAUUGAGCAAUUAAGCGAUGCGUGGCCUGGCUUGGUGUGCAGACAGAUUCUCCUUUUUAUUUUCCUUAGAGAGAAAUGAGAUCAAGAUGAAUUAGAGACGUUGACAUUGGUCAUGUACUUGCU